AUGAAUCAUUUAUUUCGUGACUGUCAUGUUACAAGGGAGAUAUGGAGUGCAUUAUCGUAUCAGUGCAUUUUAAGGAAUCAAUGUGAGGAUUUUGUACAGUGGAUUACCUGGGCAAUGGAGGAGCUCAGCCUUGAUCAAAGUCGCGUUUUUUGUUGUGCACUCUGGGCAAUAUGGGGAGAUAGAAACAAAAGAAUACAUGAAGGUAAAGUUAGAAAGGGAAUGAAAGUUGCUAAUUUUAUAAACAGUUACAUCAGUGAGAUUAAUGGUCUUGAGAAGAGAGAUCUGAAUCGUACCGUAGGAAAAAAGAGAUGGUCGUCCCCACAAGCAAGUUUCAUGAAGAUCAACUUUGAUGGUGCAUUCGAUAGAGGGAAAAAUCAGUCGGGCGUGGGUAUUGUGGCCAGAGAUUCAGAUGGUAAUAUUCUUUUCUCAUGUUCAGAGAUUCAUUUUAAUAUUCCAUCAGCUUUUGCUGCUGAAGCGAUUGCCUGCCGGAAAGCUGUUCAAAUGGGAAUCAGGAGGGGAUGGCGGCAUUUGAUUUUUGAAGGAGACUCCCUCACAAUAGUCAAGAAAUGCAAAUCAAAGAGUCAAGAUAGAUCUAUGGUGGGGGUAUAUAUUUAUGACAUUCAACAGGAAAUAUUUGGAUUUGAUAAUAUCAGAUUCCAACAUACACCUAGAUUCGCAAAUGGUCUUGCUCAUAUCAUAGCAACAGAAUCGUUAAGAAGAGGAGAAGAAUAUUACCUGGAUAGGGGAGUUCCAGACUAUGCCACGGAUCAAGCUCGGCUGGAUGGGAGAUGUGAAGAAGAUUAA